CAUGUUCUGGCUCAUUCUGCUGCUGGACUGCAAUCCCGUGUCUUAUUUCUGGCUCCGCGUGGACCCUCGCAGUUCGGGAACAUGCUUGUCCACAGACGUUCUUCUGGGGAUUGCCUAUCUCUACAGUUCGCUCACUAUUUUGUGCGACUUGACUCUCGGUGUCAUGCCCGCCCUGCUGGUAUGGGGUCUGCAGAUGAACAGGAAGACAAAGAUCGCCCUUGGCGGGAUUCUCGGUUUGGGAGCUGUUGCGAGUGUUGCAGUGAUUAUCCGAUUCCCGUUCCUCCACUACUACAAAGAUAGUGAUUUUCUGUACUCCACCUACCAAAUCGCAAUCUGGUCCAUAAUGGAAACCGGACUCGGCAUCACAGCCGGCAGCCUUGUCACUCUCCGCCCCCUGUUCCGCUGGUUUCUGGAUGGCAACCUGUCCGGUCGUCGCAGACGCAGUGCCAAUCGCAGCGACAGACAAUAUCCGCUUUCCAGCUUGCCGGAUGAUCCACCGAAGAAGGAUACUCGCGAUCCAAGCUACUGGCGCCCCGACCUCCCGGAGGAAUUUCCCAGCGUCGUGGUGACCACCAUCUCGUCGCCAAUGGCGCGAAGCCAAUUUAACGAAGACCACAGCAGCCAGGAGGAACUGAGCCCUCCUGAGGACUCAUGGGCCCGUUAUCAGGUCAACAUCCACAAGACGUUCCAGAUGACUACCGCACCUUGAUUCGAUUGAUCCUUGAUCCUUA